ACCGUCCCCGCUACUUUGGACACCAAAAGCAAGGCAAACUGAAAUUGUGCCUCAUCCAUGGCGACUGUCGUCUCCUCCACCGCCCUCUCCCUCCGAAACCCUAACCCUAAUUCCACCCUCUGCUUCCUACACAAACCCCUCCCCUCCUCCCUGUCCCUCCUCCGCCUCCCCCAUUCUAACUCCCUACACCUCCGCCUCUCCCGCCCCUCCAAAUCCCUCGUCGUCUCCUCCUCUCUCGCCUCUCCCCCGCCGCCGCCCCCCACCCUCCUCCCCGACUCCACCCGCACCCUCUCCUCCCUUCUCGCCCUCGCCCUCUCCGUCUCCAAGCUCGUCCUCUCCCUCCCGGCCCGCAUCGCCGCUGCCGCCACCCGCGGCGCCGUCCCCUCCACGGUGGAGCUUGCCGAGAUCCGGGACCUCCGGGGGAGCCUCGCCUGUGCGGUGGGGCCCCUCUUCUUCGCGGCCCUCAAGGACCGGCCAAGCGGGUACCUCAAUACCCCGCUCACCGUGGUCGCCUCCGGCAUGGCCAAGUGGCUCGACAUCUACAGCGGGGUUCUCAUGGUUAGGGUCCUUCUCAGCUGGUUCCCCAACAUUCCCUGGGAUCGCCAACCCCUCUCGGCCAUUAGGGAUCUCUGCGACCCUUACCUCAAUCUCUUCAGGAACAUCAUCCCGCCGGUGUUUGAUACCCUGGAUGUGAGCCCCCUUCUUGCUUUCGCCGUCUUGGGGACUCUUGGUUCGAUUCUUAACAACAGCAGAGGGAUGUAUUGAAGGAGCUGCGGACAAAGAAGACGCACUGAAGUUACUUCCCUAAUGCCUCCAAAGAUGAAGAGGAGGGUGUUUUCUUGCUUUUAAAUGUUAACCUUCGAACAGUAAAAGGUAAAUUUUGGAGUCUACAAUGUUCAUGUUGAAAAUAUGAAGUGUAUGGAUUGGGAUCAGUAAUUUUUUGAGCUUGUAAAACUUGAUGCGACCGUAUAAAAUAUGAACUGUCAACUAUUUUGUUCUGAUAGCAUCCUAUGAUUUAUGGAUGCUUUUCAAAUUCAUACCUACACACACACACACACAUUUGAACAUAUACAUAUAUGUGUAUGUAGCUAUGCAUGCAUCUAUCUGUGAAACUUAUUUGCUAGAAUCAGAAGUGAGAGAGCGUGUGUAGGUUUGAGGUUCUGGGAAGAUUUCGAAGUGGGUGCAUUAGCUGAGGCAGAAGAUUUUGGUUAAUAAGGUAUAAAAUAUAUAUGCUUCUUGAUGUAUCCAGGUGGUAUCUUAUCAAUGUCCAUGCUUCAUAAACUAGCAUAGGUUAACUAUAAGAUCUAAAUUGAAAAACAAGCAGGAAAUGUUUGCACGUGUCUAAUCUUAAGCAAAUGCAUUUGCUUUUUACCCAAUGCUAAUACAAACUUAUUACUUGCAUGCUGCUAACUUUGAGAAGCACAGUGUGUGAGUGAGAGUGAGAGUUAGAACAAGACUUAAUAAUGAUGGAUCGUGUGAUGUUGAUAGAGUGCAAUGCAGGUAUCAGUUUGACCUUAACAUGAGCGACUUGUACUUCCAGGUGUUAGCUGUUGCAUUAAUUACUCUAAAUGCAGAGGAAGUUUUGAAGCCACCUUGUGGGUUGUACUAAA